CUCCAGGUACAGAAUGGGAAACUAACACAGACGUUACUGCAUGAGUGUUACCUGGUCAAACAGGUAAAAUACUGGAAUGCCAGGGAGGUCAGUGAAACCUACCAGCUGGAACCAGGCACCUAUGUCUUGGUGCCAAGUACGUACUACCCCAACGAACAAGCUGAGUUCCUUCUCCGCGCCUACUUCCAGAAGGGGAAUUGCCACAAAGAUACAAGUUCCAACUCUAAUCUUCACCAUCCUAUGCCGGCACCAAACAGAACAGAUAACAGCUCCUGGGAACAGAUCUUCAAUAAAUAUGCCCAGAGCCACCAGCCAAACUGGUCACUGCCUCGAUUCAAUGGAUCUGACAGUUUUAGCCCCCAUCUAUCCCCCAGCCCUUUCUCUCCUACCACACUGGAGAGAUUCACAGUGUCAGCCUGCAGGGAGAUCCAAACCGUGGACCACUAUCGAUGGGCCAAGAUUGUUAGUUGUGAUGAGGCAGUGUGGCCGGGGGGCUGUGCUGGGGAGGUUGGGGCAGUGGGGGCAAAUCACAUUCAGAAUUGUUUCUUCAAAAUAGAAAUGCCCUUUCACUCUGUCCCAACAAACACGUCUGUUCCCCGACAUCAGAAGGACAUGGGACCAUGA